AUGAAAUUUGUUCGUUAUUUACCUCCUUCACCAAAUUGGUACUCUGGUUGUGCCUCAUUGUGCGUAGAGUCUAACAUUUUUGCUUAUGCCUCUUAUGAAUCCAUUAUACUACUGGAUUCUGAUACAUUUGAGUAUGUUGGGACACUCAAAGGUCAUAAAGAUAAGGUUAAUGCAAUAUCAGUAGCUGGAAAUAAUUGCGCCUCCGGGAGUAAUGAUAAAACCAUAAAAUGUUGGAAUAUAACAACCAAAAAACCCAUUCAUUCAACAACUCUUAAGCAUGAUGUUUAUGUAAUAUCUUGGACUAAUGAUAAAAAAACCAUUGUAUCAGGAGGACAUGUAGGUGAAAUCUGUAUAUGGGACCCUAUAGCAAAUAAAAAUAAAUUGUUCAACUUUAUAAAAUCAUCAAUUACCGAGCUUAAGGUAUCACCCACUCGUAACGAUGUAUUUGCGAUAGGUCAUCAAAAUGGUGCAGUUUUUAUUUUAACCAUUGGUCAAAAUCAAAGCUGUUCAAUACUUCAUAGAUUUAAUGGCCACGAUCAAGAGAUUCAAGGAUUAGCUUGGUCAAUUCCAACUGAAAUUGAAAAUUUAGAUGGAUCUUUGACGCAGCUUGCAUCUAGUGCUAAGGAUAAAACCAUUUGUAUUUGGAAUGUUGAAUCAGAAACACGCGUGAAAGAAUUAACACUGCCAGCACCAAUGUCUCAUUUAACUGAUUCACAAAAAAAAAGGCUAAAUUUGGCUUUAACAUGGCUGCCUAAACGUAAUCAAUUAAUUGUGUCAUCUUAUAGGGGUGAUUUGUUAACGUUUGAUUCGGAUCAUGCCAAAACCAAAUUCAACAGAUUUACAAAUGAUGUUAACUCACAUAAUAGAUCAGUAAUAAAAAUCAUUUCAUAUCCAUGUGCAAGUAAAAUCAUUACACUGGGGAUAGAUCGUAUGAUAAUAGUAUGGGAUGUUGAAAAGAAAAAACCAAUUUAUAAAAUAAUUUGUAAUAAGGGUAGAAUUGAUUCAUUAGAUAUUUUGGCAAUUGAUCCAACAAAAAUUGCAUUUGCUUCAAACGAAGUUCAUGUCUGGGAUUAUGCUAGUGAAGAUGGUCUUUAUGAUAAUAAAGAUUUUUAUAAAGUAAUUAAAUUUAGUAAUAAUGCUACUUGUGUUAAGUGGCAUCCUUAUGAAGAAGGUGUUUUAGCAUUUGGUACAAAUUCGGGUAUGAUCGGUUUUUUUAAUAUUUAUCAGAAUGGAAAUAAUUCAACAGUUUUCAAAUCCUAUCAUAAAGGAGAAGUAACAUCUCUUCAAUGGUGUAAAAGUGAAUGGAUAGAUUUGCCGAUAAAUAACAAGAAAGAUUCUGACAUGUAUCUGCUUAGCUGUUCAUUAGAGACUGGAUUGCUUUUAAAUAUUCAGUCUAGUCCUAGGACAAUUGAUAGAACUCUAUAUCAGAAAAGAAGUGCAUUUUCAGUUAAUUCUUGUGGUGAAUUAUUGGCUGUUGGGAAUAAUGAUGGUGGAAUUGAAGUUUAUGAACUUCCCUCAUUUAAGCUUGUUUAUCGUAGUAUUGGUCACACUGGAAAAAUAACAAAACUCAAAUGGUGCAAUCUAGAUAAUUCACGUUUACUUGCUUCCGGAUCACAAGAUACUUCAAUAUUAAUCCAUGACUUUACUGAUAUUGAAGAAUUAAACAUUACAACAAAAUUUAUUUUUAAAUCACACAAAAAAAUGAUAACUGAUUUGUCAUGGUCACCACUCACUAACGAUCAUUUAUUAUCAUCAUCUGGUGAUGGAACAGCUAUUGUAUGGAAUUUAAAAGAUGGUUCACCAAUUUCUAUGUUUGAUGAUGCACACCUUAACAAGAUACUAAGUGCUACCUGGAGUUUACAAGAACCUGAUCUAGUAUUUACUGGAGGUUGUGACGCUUCAAUUUUUUCUUGGAGACCUUCUGAAAAUCCAUAUAAACCUACAAAAGUUGUUGUUUGUAAUACUGUUGAUAAUACUGUUGAUAAUACUGUUGAUAAUACUGUUGAUAAUACUGUUGAUAAUACUGUUGAUAAUACUGUUGAUAAUACUGUUGAUAAUCUUGUUGAUAAUACUGUUGAUAAUCUUGUUAAUGCUGAUAAUCUUGUUGACAAUACUAUUGAUAAGAUCGCUGAUAAUGUUGUUGAUAACAUUAUUGAUAAUAUCGUUGAUGAUACUGUUGAUAAUAAGGUCGACAAUAAUGCUAUUGAUACUGCUGAUAAUAAAGUUGAGAAUAAUUCUGUUAAAGAAGCUGUUGAUAAUUUUGUUGAUAAUUCUGUUAAUGGUGCUGUUGAUAGUUCUGUUAAUGAGACUGUUGAUAAUAAGGAAUUUAUUAGUCGAAAGUCAAGAUCAUAUUCCACUAAAAAAAACAAAAAAUUAAAAACUAUACUUCCAAAAAGUUUUUACCCGGUAAAACGUAAAUUACUACAGUAUGAAUGUUUCGAAAUUGCUAGUAAGUUGUAUGGAGGUGAUGUAAAAAUUGCAAUUAAUUUUAUAAAAGAUUAUGAUGAAAAAGGGAAAGGUUCUUCCGAAGAAAAUUUUAGUUACGAAGCAUCAUCGUUUUUUAAAAGUGUUUUUUUCGGAGAGAAGCAAGAUGUUAGGAAAGUGUUGGGGGAAGAAGCAUUAUCACUCGAUAGUUCUGAUGAUACAGUUAAUUUCGGUAACAUGGAAAUAAAUGCUAGUUCAGCCUUACAUCUAUGGACUAAUAAUAUAGCAGAAUUUAUUGAGCUGCAUGAUGAACAAGAGGAAUUUUCCGUAAAAGAUUGGAUGGUUUUAGCACUUAGUCCUUCAGUUGGAAAAGAUGUUUGGGAAGCUUUAAUACGGCGGUUAGCACAAAAACUUGUAAAUAAGAAUAAUUAUCAUGGUGCAGUAAUGUGUUUAUUAGCUUGUGGUGAAACACAUCAAGCAGUUAAUAUUUACGUUAAUGCAAAAAUGUAUCGAGAGGCUAUUGCUUUAGCCAGAUUACGACUUAGUGAAAACAAUCCUAUACUAUUUGAUCUAUAUUCUUUAUUAGCCGAACAACUUGAAAAGGAUGAAGCUUAUGAGCAAGCUGCAAUGUGUUUCAAAAGAAGGUCUUUAAAUCAAGCAUUAGACACUUUAUCACGCAGAGGAGAUCCUUCAGCCUUACGUGCAGCAACAGCAUUAGCAUUGAUGAUUCGACAUGAAUCUUAUAAUGAAAGAUUGUCAAGGUGGAAGAAAUGUCAAUAG